AUGUAUGCUUCCCGUACAGCUCAUCCAGAUUCCAUUCGGAUCAUUAAUUUUGGAUUUGCGAAACAAUUACGAACCGAAAAUGGCCUCUUGACGACACCUUGCUAUACGGCACAGUUCACUGCACCAGAAAUCCUGGAAAACCAAGGCUGUGAUAUGAGCUAUGAUGUAUGUGAGACCCUAUAUGCAACCGAUGAGAACAGUACACCGCAAAAAAUCAUGAAACGCGUUGGUGAAGGAAAGUAUUCACUGAAUGGUCCAGCUUGGGCGAAUAUCUCGGAAUCAGCAAAAGAUCUCGUCCAGUUGCUUCUCCAUGCUGAUUCGUCCAAACGGCUAUCCGCCGCACAGAUUCUUACCCAUCGCUGGAUUGAUGCUUUGGAUGAAACAUAUCGGGCACUCACCAAUGCAGCAAUACCGAUACCGCUAAAACCUGUUAAUGAGUCGGCGUUGGCCCGUCGUUGA